AUGGAGAGCAGUUGGAAAAUUCCAUUUUUCUUCUUCAUAUGUUGCCUGGGAUCUUGGGCAUCUGCAACUGUCCAGCGUAACCGAAGGUUUCCCAUUUCCUUGACUCCUAAUCCUGAGAAUGACCUUUGUCCAGCAGUCAGGAUUGGCCAGGAUGAUUUACCAGGAUUUGACUUAAUUUCACAGUUCCAGGUAGAUAAAGCAGCAGCUAGAGCAGCUAUCCAGAGAGUUACAGGCUCAACAGCUUUACAGGUGGCUUAUAAAUUGGGAAAUAAUGUAGACUUCAGGAUCCCAACCAGACAUUUAUAUCCCAAUGGACUACCUGAAGAAUACUCCUUUUUAACAACUUUUCGGAUGACUGGAAGCACUUUGAAAAAGAACUGGAGCAUCUGGCAGAUCCAGGAUUCCUUGGGGAAAGAGCAAGUUGGCAUGAAGAUUAAUGGCCAAAUGCAAUCCAUUGCAUUUUCCUAUAAAGGCCUGGAUGGCAGCCUCCAAACUGCAGCUUUCUCAAAUACCCCUAUUUUGUUUGAUUCCCAAUGGCAUAAAGUUAUGAUUGGUGUGGAAAGGAGGAGUGUCACCCUCUUUAUUGACUGCAAAAGAAUUGAAUCCUUACCCAUAAAGCCAAGGGGAAAGAUUGAUGUGGAUGGUUUUGCUGUGCUAGGAAAGCUCAUAGAUAAUCCUCAGGUUUCUGUUCCGUUUGAACUCCAGUGGUUGCUGAUUCACUGUGACCCUUUGAGACCCAGGAGAGAAACAUGCCAUGAACUUCCAGUGCGGGUAAAUCUACCAAGCCUGAGCAAUGGGGAGAGAGGUCCCCCGGGUCCCCAAGGGCCUCCUGGUCCUCCCGGUCCCCCAGGAGUUCCGGGCAUCGAUGGUAUCGACGGAGAUCGAGGUCCAAAGGGUCCCCCUGGCCCCCCGGGUCCCAAUGGAGACCCAGGAAAACCAGGAGCUCCGGGCUUACCCGGCACACCAGGUGCAGAUGGCUUGACAGGACCUGAUGGAUCGCCUGGCCCAAUUGGUUCAAGAGGACAAAAAGGAGAGCCUGGGAUUCCAGGAUCACGUGGAUUUCCAGGUCGUGGUAUUCCUGGACCACCUGGACCACCUGGGGCAUCAGGACUUCCUGGAGAACUCGGUCGUGUGGGACCAUCUGGGGAUCCUGGGAGAAGAGGACCACCUGGCCCACCAGGUCCACCAGGACCUAGUGGAACAAUUGGGCUUCAUGAUGGAGAUCCAUUGUGUCCCAAUUCCUGUCCACCAGGUCGUUCAGGAUAUCCAGGUCUACCAGGCUUGAGGGGUCACAAAGGGGCAAAGGGAGAAAUUGGGGAACCAGGAAGACAAGGUCACAAGGGAGAAGAAGGUGACCAGGGAGAACUUGGAGAAGUUGGAGCUCAAGGACCUCCGGGUCCUCAAGGCUUGAGAGGAAUAACUGGCAUAGUCGGUGCCAAGGGGGACAAAGGUGCUCGUGGUCUCGAUGGUGAGCCUGGACCUCAGGGUCUCCCCGGUGCACCGGGUGAUCAAGGGCAGAGAGGACCACUAGGAGAAACAGGUCCCAAGGGUGACAGAGGUGUUCAGGGUCCUAGAGGAAUAAAUGGUCUCCCGGGUCCCAAAGGAGAGAAUGGUCUGCCAGGGGUAGAUGGCCGAGAUGGAAUCCCUGGAAUGCCUGGAUCAAAGGGUGAACCUGGAAAACCUGGUCCUCCUGGUGAUAUUGGAAGGCAGGGGCUUCCUGGUUUACCUGGAACUCCUGGUGCAAAAGGUGUUGCUGGUGAAAAGGGUAAUUCUGGUGCUCCUGGGAUACCUGGUCUUAUGGGAAAUUCAGGAAAACCGGGUCAACAAGGACCUCAAGGUGAAGUUGGACCACGAGGACCCCGGGGACUACCAGGGAGUAGAGGAGAAUUAGGACCAAGUGGUCCUCCAGGUUCACCAGGUAAACUGGGUCCUUUGGGCAGCCCAGGCCUUCCAGGACUGCCUGGUCCCGCUGGACUCCCUGGAUUGAAAGGAGACAGGGGUUCAGUUGGCGAGCCUGGUCCAAAAGGAGAACAAGGUAGUGUCGGUGAAGAAGGUGAAGCAGGAGGAAAAGGAGAACUAGGAGAUGUAGGACUGCCAGGCUCAAAGGGAUCUGUGGGGAAUCCUGGAGAGCCUGGUCUAAGAGGGCCUGAGGGAUCACGGGGGUUGCCUGGGGUAGAAGGAUCCAGAGGGCCCCCUGGACCACGGGGCAUGCAGGGUGAACGAGGUGCUACAGGUCUUCCUGGUAUCCAAGGUCCAGCAGGUAGAGCGCCAACAGAUCAGCAUAUUAAGCAGGUUUGCCUAAGAGUUAUGCAAGAGCAUCUCGCCCUGAUGGCUGCUAGCUUGAAGCGACCUGACUCAGGUGCUUCUGGGCUACCAGGAAAGCCUGGACCACCAGGUCCUCCAGGACCCCCUGGAGAGAAUGGUUUUCCGGGCCAGAUGGGACCCCGUGGCCUCCCAGGUCUUAAAGGUCCUCCUGGUGAACUGGGUUUGAGAGGCCCAAAAGGUGACUUGGGUGAAAGGGGUGAGAGAGGACCUCCUGGAAGAGGACCCAAAGGCUUGCCAGGAUCAAUUGGUCUCCCAGGUGAUCCAGGUCCAGCAAGCUAUGGGAAAGAAGGACGAGAUGGAGAACGAGGUCCUCCCGGUCCUGCAGGAAUUCCUGGGGUCCCUGGCCCUCCAGGUCCUGCUGGUCCCCCUGGUUUCUGUGAGCCAGCCUCCUGUACAGUUCAGGCUGGCCAGCGUGCUUUCAGCAAAGGGCCAGAUCAGUGA